AUGAACGAGUGCGCGGAAUCUGAUAUCAACCGAGUUCGCCUCUGUCAUUUGAGGACACUUCCGGAAUUUUCAGGAUAUGGAUUCAGCCUAAGAACGGAUUCCAAGAAUGACAAGCAGUUAAUCGAAAACGUGGAAUCUAACUCACCAGCUGAGCGCGGGAAAUUAAUCUCCGGAGACAUUAUAUUAAAAAUUAAUGGAAAGCGACCUCCACUUUUAUCGAAAUUCAGCGAAUACGAGGACCUCGUCGCGCAAGCAGAGAAGGAGACCAUCAUCUGUGAAGUGCAAGAAAAUACGAGUAAUAAUUCGGAGCUAACAAAGGCCGAGAAGAAUCUGCUCCGCUCUGAUGCCACAACAACGAACAUUGUCCGGAACAAAAAGCAGCAGCAGAGCCACAUUGCUGGUCCUGGAUGUGUUAAUCACGCUAUGACUGACGAUCAGGGACGGAUUUUGAGUUGAAAGCUCUUUGCUUCUGUAGGUAUCAAAUCACAGACAGAACUUGCAACUACGACAAGUGUUUCGAAGUCAAUCGGUGUUUUCAAUUUGCUUUGCAUCAGAGACCCAGAUUUGUAACAAGUAAUAAUUUUAGAUGCACAUUUUUCAACAGCACCUGAUAAUGUCAUCCUUGCUUUCCACUUUUGAUCUUCAUGUGCUUUGAAAACUUCCACACUAUUUCGCCUUUUUAAAAGCUAUCAUAAACCUUGAUUACAUGAGCAU